CCCUCCUCCUCCUCCUCCUCAGACGUUGAGAAGGUCGCCGAGCGCGCUGCAGACCGCCGUGCGUUAAGUCUCCCUCUCAGCCUCUCCAAGAGGUCCAAGCAGAAACGAUCCGAGCCUUUGCAGAACUUUGCUCUGCGCCCACCCCCCGCCUCCAGCACCUUUAGCAGCAAUGGAGCCGUGAAGCCCGCCACAGAGAGCUGAGCCGAGCGAGUCAACCCGCGGCGGAGACGCAGAGACCAAGCGGCUAUGGAGGAAAAGCGCGGAGAGGCUGGAGUCUAGACCAAAACCUGCAGAUCCAUCUGUCCGGAAUACUUUUCUGCAAGCCUUCUGAACUUUGCUGUCAAUUUUUUUUUUUAAAUCCAGGGUGUUUAUUAUUUUUUUCCCCCUUUAUUUCACGCUUGAUCGUCUGAGUACAACAUUGCACAACAAGGAUGCAGGGAAAGGAGAAAGCGAGCGUCUGCACGGGAUGCUGGAGGCGAAUGCUGCUGUGCGUCCUGGCUCUGCACCUGAUCCCGCUGUGUGUCCACGGGGCUGUUCUUGGGAUAAAUGCUACUGAGCCGGACGAUAAGGUCAACGUAACUUCUCCACUCACCGAGGAGGCUGGCCCCGUUAAGUUCGACGAUGCUGUCGCCACGGUUGCUGGGCUGGGCGCCUCUGCGACUUCUGCUCCCAUCAUCCCCGUGACCCAGAGGGCGGGCCGCGUCCCGCGCGGCGACAGGGAGGACGAUCAGAGCAGCGGCAUGUUUGCCGAGACGGUGUUCCCCACGGUGGAGAAAGUGAGAGCGGCAACGACGCCCCAGAUCAUCCCUGAUUCGGCCGAGACGGACCUCCUGCUGCCUAGCAUCCCACGCAGACAGGACGCAGCUGAAGGAGAGGAAGGAGGGGAUGAAGAGGAGGAUCAUCUGCCACAUACCGACCCACCUUGGAUCCAUGUCAAGGAGACGUCCAUGGUUGACCUGGACCACCUUACCACCACCACCGCCACGCCCGUCGCUGCCACCAACCCCUCCAACCCGGAGGUCCUUCACGUGGACUUCUUUGAUCCAUCCUCUCGUGGGCGAGACCUAGACCUAGACCCACCCUCUCCGUCAUCUCUGCCCCACCAGCUGCAGGGUGGUGACGUAACCUCCUGGGCAAUGUCAGACAACUACGACUACCUUACGCCCUACGAAGACGGCAUGACUCCCACUAUUGACCAGUACAGCUACAGCACUACGACCGACGCUUACGAGACCGACGACGACCUCAGGGAGGCUGCGGGAUCUCCUGCUCGCUCCAGGCCCCGCGUCCCGGGGUCUGGAUCCUUCAACCCUGGCCAAUCGUAUCCCGGCGUGGCGCCAAACCUCUCGCCCAACGGGUGCCGACCGGGCUACCAGAUGAUCAACGGCAGCUGCCGCUCCGCCUGUGAGCUUCAGCCCAACUAUUGCCUCAACGGAGGACAGUGCUACCAGCUGGAUGGCGAGGAGAUUUUCUGCAGGUGCAAUGUCCAGGAUUACAUUUGGCACAAAGGUGCGCGCUGCGAGUCGGUGGUGACCGAGUUCCAGGUGAUGUGCCUCGCCGUGGGCGCCUCGGCUCUGGUGGUCUUGCUGCUCUUCAUGAUCGUUGUCUGCUUCGCCAAAAAGCUCCAUGUGCUCAAGACGGAGAACAAGAAGUUGCGCAGGCGCAGCAGUAAGUACCGGCCUUCAUCGGAGCAGCACAAUGAUAAUUUCUCGUUGUCCACCAUCGCUGAGGGCUCCCACCCAAAUGUAAGGAAACUGUGCGAAACCCCUCCUAACGUCCCUCAUGCCCGUGCAUUGGCUUACUAUGAUAACAUUAUCUGUCAGAAAACCAUGAGCAGAUACACCUGGGAGUGUAAGACCAAAGAGGAGUCCGACUGCGAGGAUGAUCCUCAGUCCCAGAACAAGCUGGAGGACCCGGUGAAGGCUCCGCCCAAGGAGGACGACUCCCUCAACAUCCACAACUCUCUGACCCCCAAACACGAGAACCACAAGGUCCUGGGCGAGGAGAACUCCUCGGAGGUAAACUCACUGCAGAACAACAUGAUGUGAAAACAAAGCAAAGCGCGGAAAAAAACAAAACAAAAAAAACCAACAGCCCCCCCAGCAACCUGACAACGAAACACAGAAAAACGACAAGGUGUGCCGGCAACGGGAAUGAAGCAGACGCCCCCCCGUUCCCCCCAGCUUCUCUCUGUUCGCCCGCUGCCGAGCGCGCCUAACCGGUCAACCAACCAACCAACCAACCAGCCUGCCAACACACCAGCCAACCAACUCAGUCUGCAACUGUUUCCAACACGGCACCACUGCCACCGGCAGCCUCCAGUCGCUGCAAAAACAAAAAAAACGACAAAAAAAAGAAACCUGCACCAGAUCUGCCGCCCCGUCACUGCCCACGCUAAAGAAUGCCCCCACCCCGAUCUGCUUUGCCCCACAGCUCCCUUUUAACCCCCCCAUCCCUCCUCUACCCCUUACAUUCAGUCAUGCCCCUGUUGCGCAGUCCCGCCCUCUCCUUGUUGCUUUAACUUUUUCCUGUCUGUGGUACCUGUACACAUGCGCACACAGACGUUAGAGGCAGAAACAUCCUGUGAAAAGCUCCCAA